GUUACACAUGCACAGAACGAGACUGCUUUUAUGAGAGCUAAUAUGCAACAGGUAGUUCAGAGAGUACAAGAAAGCAAACAGUCACAGAAAACAGGGAACUGGCAAAUAAAGGAAAACAGUGAGGGAGGGAGAGCUAGAAGAGUAGAUAUCUAGACACCGAGCAGCAGACUAACUCCGAGAUUGCAAGAGGAGACGACUGAAGGGCAUAAGAGUUAAGAACAGUUGACUUCCAUAAAGGACAUUCCCAGAGAAAAUUGGACAUCCUCAGUUUUCAUCUGACUUGAGCUGUUUUACACCCGCAUUGCACUGCAGGCUGUGCUUUAAGCCUGUAUAAUGGCAGAAGCUCAUCAGGCGGUGGCAUUUCAGUUCACCGUCACUCCUGAUGGCAUCGACCUACAGUUGAGUCGAGAAGUUCUCAAACACAUCUACAUAUCUGGAGUGACAUCAUGGAAGAAACGGGCCAUCCGCUUUAAGAACAGUGUUCUGACCGGUGUUUACCCUGCCAGUCCUUCAAGCUGGUUAUUUGUAGUUAUUGCUAUAAUGAGCACCAUGUAUGCCAGGAUCGACCCCUCCAUGGGCACGAUUGAUAAAAUCAAGACAUCUCUACCAGUGAGUGAGUUUAUGACCGUUCAGACUCAGACGGUGUUGAGUGCCAUCCUGUUUGCCACAGGUCUCUGGUUAUCUGUCAUAUUCCUGCUGCGAUACCUCCUCAAAGCUCUCCUGUCCUAUCACGCCUGGAUCUUUGAGUCUCAUGGCAAAAUGAGUUACUCUACUAAAGUCUGGCUGAGCCUUGUAAAGCUGCUGUCUGGUCGCCGGCCUCUGCUCUACAGCUUUCAGGGAUCUCUGCCACAUCUGCCUGUACCAUCUAUUGAUGACACGAUCAGAAGGUAUCUAGAAUCAGUUCGACCUCUUCUGGAUGAUGAGCAGUAUAAACAGAUGGAGACUGUUGCUAAUGACUUCAAAAAGGAUCCUGCCCCCAAAUUACAGAAACACCUAAAACUCAAAUCCUGGUGGGCCACCAAUUAUGUGAGUGACUGGUGGGAGGAGUAUAUCUACCUCAGAGGACGAGACCCCAUCAUGGUCAACAGCAACUUCUACACUAUGGAUUUGCUGUAUGUAAUCCCCACAUAUCGGCAGGCUGCACGCGCUGGAAAUGUAGUUCAUGCUAUGCUGCAGUAUCGCCGUAAGCUGGAGCGAGGAGAGCUUACCCCGCUGAGAGCUCUUGGGAUUGUCCCCAUGUGCUCUUUUCAGUAUGAGAGGAUGUUCAACACCACACGUAUCCCUGGCAUUGAGACUGACUUCGUGCAGCAUCUGAAGGACAGAAAGCACUUGGUUGUGUACCAUCGUGGCCGUUUGUUUAAGGUCUGGUUGUACUACGGUGGCCGCCACCUUUGGCCCUCAGAGCUGGAGCUCCAGUUUCAACGAAUCCUAGAUGACAAGUCUGAACCUCAACCUGGAGAGCUCAAGCUGCCUUCACUGACUGCUGGAAACAGAGUUCCUUGGGCCAGGGCUCGUUUGAAGUAUUUUGGUGAGGGUGUCAACCGGGCAUCUCUGGAGGCCAUUGAAACAGCUGCGUUUUUUCUGACCCUGGAUGAUGAAGCACAUGGAUACGAUCCGGAGAACAUACGGUCCUUGGACCUCUACGCCAAAUCUCUACUGCAUGGAAAGUGCUAUGAUAGGUGGUUUGAUAAAUCCUUCAAUUUGAUUGUGUACAAGAACGGUAAAAUGGGUGUCAACACUGAGCAUUCAUGGGCUGACUCUCCUAUCAUUGGACACAUGUGGGAGUAUGUUUUGGCCACAGAUUGUUUCCAUCUGGGAUACACAGCAGAGGGACAUUGCAAAGGAGAUGUCAACAAAACCCUGGCACCCCCUACCAGAUUACAGUGGGACAUCCCAAAAGCGUGCCAGGAGAUUAUCGAAGGCUCCUAUAGGAUUGCAAAGGGAAUCGCUGAUGAUGUGGAUUUCCACGGCUGCUUGUUUAAUGAGUUUGGAAAGGGCCUGAUAAAGAAAUGCAGAACAAGUCCGGAUGCUUUUAUCCAGCUGGCACUGCAACUAGCUCAAUAUAGGGACAAGGGGGAGUUUUGUCUGACUUACGAAUCCUCCAUGACCCGAAUGUUCCGCGAGGGCAGGACGGAAACUGUGAGAUCGUGCACUUGCGAGUCAACAGCAUUUGUAAGAGCAAUGGAGGAUGACACAACCACGAAUGAGCAGAGGUUAGCGCUCUUCAAACAAGCAGCAGAGAAGCAUCAGAACAUGUACCGUCUGGCCAUGACAGGAGCUGGGAUCGACCGCCAUCUCUUCUGCCUCUACAUUGUGUCCAAAGUCAUGGGCAUAGACUCUCCCUUCCUCAAACAGGUUUUGUCAGAGCCCUGGCGUCUCUCCACCAGUCAAACUCCCCAACAGCAGCUCAAUCUCAUUGACACUCAGAAGUUUCCUAAAUAUGUGUCAGCUGGAGGAGGCUUUGGGCCUGUUGCAGAUGACGGUUAUGGUGUUUCUUACAUCAUUGUCGGCGAGAAUCUCAUUACAUUCCACAUUUCCAGCAAGUUCUCCAGUCCUGAGACGGAUUCUUUCCGCUUUGGGCAGAACAUCAGACAGGCCAUGCAGGACAUAAGAGCUCUAUUCAACCAAAAAGAGAAGAAGAUGUGACUCCGUAAACCAAGAAGCUUCAGCUCAAAAGCUGCUCCAGCACCAGUUAGCAGUCACAAACACCACAAAUAGCAGCCUUUAAGCUGUGACAGCAUUAAAUACAUGUGUAAAUAUGUUGCAGUUAUUUAAAGCAAGUAACAAGCCUAGCGAAUUAGUGCACUUAGAUAAAUCAGAUUUAUGCUGGGGAUGAAGUGUAAAAAUGUACUGUAUUUAAUUGUAAAUAUUUCAGUGUGUAGCAAAUGGUUGUAAAUAUUUAAUUUGUGCAUUAUGCUCUGCACUUAAAUAAACUUCUAAAAAGUGACA